UGAAAAACAAUUCAAAGUUGUUUCAGUACUUGUCAAUAAUUGGUCAUCAUCAUGCAGUUUUUCGCUGUUAUCGCCCUCAGUCUGCUGAUCCUGAAUCCUGUCACUGCUCACCUGGAAUGUUCCUGUCCUAAGAAUUUAGAUCCUGUCUGCGGCAGCGAUGGCGUAACAUACUCCAAUGAGUGCCUACUGGACUGUGUUGCUGAGGAUGCGGCACAGAACGGUGUCGAAAUACACAUAGUACACAAUGGACCAUGUUAAAUAUUGGACCCAAAUUGAAUUCAAUUCCAAUAGUUUAUUUUAGAUAGGAAGCGAAACAAACAUUAAUUCAAACAAUGGAAGCUAACACCAAUUCUAGUUGAUUCUUUUCUAAGGUUUCUUUGAUCAAAUGAGAAAGUUUCUGGAUUCAUAUAUAAAUUUGUUGAAUAAUGAUUUUAAUAUUAUCACAAUGUCAUAUAUGGCAUGAACUGA